CUCCCUUUCCUUUUCCUCUCUCUCUCUCUCUCUCUCUCUCUCUCUCUCUCUCUCAAACCCUCUUGAGAAAAAGUUUGAAGAGCUUCUUGUUUGUCGUAAAUCCUCGCAUUCGUAUGCUGCUUUGGAUCUCCAUCUUCUUCCGAUCUCGUCGUCUCUCUUCGUCUCGGAGUUGCUUAGAUCUCGAUUCGUGAAACCCUUGAAGUUUGCGCUUGAUCGAGUGUGAUUACAGGGAGCGUAUGGCGAAUCGGAUGAAGGAGGAUGAGAAGAACGAGAAGAUUAUUCGAGGGCUUCUGAAGCUUCCUGCAAAUCGGAGAUGCAUCAAUUGUAACAAUCUGGGGCCGCAAUAUGUGUGCACAAAUUUCUGGACAUUCAUCUGUACAAACUGCAGUGGGAUGCAUCGGGAGUUCACACACCGUGUGAAAUCAAUAUCAAUGGCUAAAUUUACUUCUCAAGAAGUGAUUACUCUUCAAGACGGGGGGAAUGAGCGUGCCAAGUCAAUUUAUUUCAAGGAAUGGGAUCCCCAGCGUCACUCAUUUCCUGAUAGCAGCAAUAUUGAUAGACUAAGGGAGUUCAUUAAGCACGUAUAUGUAGACAGGAGGUAUACAGGUGAAAGAGGCACCAACAAGCCUCCAAGGGUCAAGAGUGAUAGGGAGGAUUACAAUGAAAAUAGAACGGCAGAUUCAUAUCGUGGUGCUUCAAGAAGUCCACCAUUUGAGGAUAGGUAUGAUCACCCUUUCAAUGAACGAUCUAGUUCUGGUGGACGGAAUGAUGAAAGAUUCUCCCGAUAUGGUUAUGAAGAUAGAAGCCCUGCACAUGAUGGUGAUUCCAAGAGAAGUCCUGGCCAGUUUGAUGUGGUAGAUGAGAGGCGUCGAGAUGACAAAACUGGAAAUGGGAACCAAAUCCAGAGAAUUGAGGAUCGGCGUUUUCCUGAUGCAGUACAUAGAGCCAGUGCACGGUCACCAAGCUAUCAGAAAGGUGUUGAUUCAUCGAGUCCUCCCCUUGUGCGCCCUGUUAGAGAUAUCUUGGGAGAUGAUGUACCUCCACUCCAAGUUGGUGACCUUCCUAAACCAAAUGGUACUGGGGUACCUGAAAAUUCUUCAAAGACACAGAGAACUACAUCUUCAAGCAGCUUGGGAUCUAGUGAUGGCAAUCCAGUUGAAUUGAAGAGGGCAAAUUCAGGAAGCUUGAUUGAUUUCAAUAUCAAUUCAGACCCUCCUGUGUCAUCUACACAACAUGUUCCUCAACAAACUGUCUCCCCACUUGCUAGUAGUGAAAAUUGGGCAUCUUUUGAUGUUGUCCCUCAACAAAAAGCUUCUCAAACUUCUGCAAAUGCAAGUUCUAUACAAUCUUCAUUGGACCAAUUGUUAGUUCCAGCAAUUGCACCUACAGGAAAUAUGCCAUCUCCACCUGUUUCUGGUGUUCAUGCAUUAUCUGGAAAUAAUGACACAAGGCAAAUCCCAGUCAUGCCACAAAAUCAGGCAGAUUUCUUUGCAGCUGGCAAUACUAGGUCUGCUCUACCACCAUCAGACAUAUCUAUGGUAAACAGCCUGACAUGGGGACCUUCUGUGGCACAGAACAUGCAAGUAAAUUUGACUGCCCCUGCUGGACAACCUUCUCAAGGUACUACCGUAUGGGCUGGAGGAAUGGGUUCUGCAUUAUUGUCACAAACCCCUGCAGAUGCAAAACCUAUUGGGAGAAAUGAACUCCCUCAGGACCUUUUCACUGCACUAUACCCACCUGCAGCUACAUCAUUUCCAGCUUGGCCAAGAACUCCGCAUCCCAGCAUGGGUUACAGCAUGCAAUAUCCUGUUGGAAAUGCAAUUCAAACUUUUCCGCAGGCAUCACAGUCUACCAAUCCUUUUGAACUUGUUAAUGAGACAUCUUUGCCUCAUGCUUCCUCGUUCCCAUCUAUGGCAUCCCUGCAAGGAGCAUUACCCAACAUGACUGGGAAUGCACCAUUAUUGCGCAGUGCCAGCUUAGGAACUCCUCUACCACAAUGGAUGCAUCUACAACAAACUCCCUCAUACCAAAUGGCCUCAUCCCCAAGUCCUUACUUGGUGCAGCAGGGCCUGACUAACACUGCCGCACAAGCACCUAAUCAUUCAUUUCCUAUGGUAAAUCAUGGUGGCGGUUUCGGUGGUGCUGGAGCUGCUUUUGGUGCUUCAGGAAUGGAGACACAAUCCGGUGCUAGGUACGCGCAACAAGGCACACCAAGUGCUUCAGGAGGAAAUCCCUUUGGAUGAGAUUGCCAUUGAGGGGGAUAUCAAUAGUUUGUUUGGAUUAUGCUCUCUCCUAGACUACAGACGGUUCACUGCCAGUAUAAUAGCUUGGUCAAGUACAGUAAUGUGUUAUACUACUUGCUGGUUAACUGCUUUUGAGGGAAGUGAGCAGCGGUGCGCGUCAUGUUGUAAAGAGAGGAUAGUGAACGCUGGCCUGCUUCAGUGAGCUUAGCUUUGUUUGGUUCAAUGCUAGUGUGCCAUGUCUUGAAUCAUGUAUGUUUUUUAAUGUGUCAUCAGUCUGUGGAAUGAUGAGAGAGGAUUGGAGGGGGAGAAAACGGUGUUCUUGCAUGGGUGGAAGUAAUGUCACCAUUUUCCUCCUCCUUUUGCUUGUAUGUAUAUUAUUGUUCUACCCUUUACCAAUGAUUUUGAUUGGUCUUUGA